UCUGUAACGCUUCACACAAGUCACGGCGAGCUCAAGAUCGAGAUAUUCUGCGAGGCUGUCCCCAAAACGGCAGAGAACUUUCUUGCGCUAUGCGCUUCGAAUUAUUAUGAUAAUUGCAUAUUUCACCGCAGCAUCAAAGGGUUCAUGGUCCAGACGGGCGAUCCUUCUGGCUCAGGAAAAGGUGGCCAAAGCAUAUGGGGGAAACCUUUCGAAGAUGAAUUGCGGUCUACUUUGAAGUUUAACCAUCGUGGUAUAGUCGCCAUGGCGAACUCCGGCCCCGAUACGAACAAGUCGCAAUUCUUCAUAACCUAUGCAAAACAGCCUCAUCUGGACAACAAAUAUACGAUUUUUGGCAAGGUCAUUGAUGGUGCGGAGUCCGCACUUGAUGCCAUGGAACGUGUACCUGUGAACAAUAAGAACAGACCGCUUUCCGAGAUCAAACUGACUCAUGUGACCAUUCAUUCGAAUCCCAUUGCGGACGCUCAGUUAGUCUCACGUUAA